UAUUCAGGAACCACUCUCAACAUCAGCCCAACGCUGUCCAUUGCUUCCCAUUCUACCAUCACCUGGCCCCUUUCCCGCCGGCCGCAGGCCCGUAGUCCUGCUCGUGGCCACCACCGCAUGAGGUAGUUCGUCAUGGCUCUCGCUGUGCGUCCUUCCCGCAGAGGACCCCUGAGUCUCGACGCUGUCCCCGAAAUCCUCCGCCCGCUCAUCCGAGCAUACCUCUUGGGAUAUGCCACUGCGGUUGGCCCACGGCUUUUGACCUUGGUCCUUCAGUAUGUUGCAAAGAGGCGUCGGGCCCAACUAUCUCCGGAUCCCGAGGACGGUUCCUUCGCCAAGUCCGCCAAACACAUUGUGCGGAUGGGCUUCAACUUACAACGGUUCCCAACCUUCUGCGCCGUCUUGGCCGGUGGAAGCACCAUUCUACAGGAACCUCUGAAGAGCAUCAUUGACAAGGCUGCAAAAAGCCUCAGUGAGGCAGCCCGACUAAGACUUGCAAGAUGGUUAUCAACCUUCAUUGCCGCGUGGUAUGGCAUUCGCCUCCUCCACACAUAUGAGAGCCGGGCAUACACAGAAACAUUGCCUGUCAAGCCAGACUCGCUUCCAGAUGCCCGGCCGCAGACGAUCAAGCUCGCUGGCCGGACUCUGGACCUGACGUUAUUCGCCCUUGCUCGAGCCCUCGACGUUGUCGUUGGUGAUCUCUGGGCUCGGCGUAAAGCCCUUCGCCAGGCUGCACACAAGUGGACCAGUGUAAGCUUUUUAGUCAUCCCUGGCAUCACUCUACACGACAAUCCGCUGACUUCCCUUCGGACCGAACAAUGCGUGUCUAGACUCAUCGACCCCCUUGCCUUUGCUGCCUCCUCUGGCCUCGCCAUGUGGGCCUGGUUCUACGCCCCUGAAACCCUUCCUCGUACCUACAACAAAUGGAUCACCUCGGCUGCUUCCGUCGACUCGCGUCUAAUUGAGGCGCUCCGCCGCUGUCGAAGUGGAGAGCUGCAGUAUGGCAAAGACACAGGACAGGCGCCCCUGCUGCAGGCCAUGUGUGCCGACUUCAAAUGGCCCCUAGCCUGGGGCGAUCCUGCAGCGUCGAUCCCUUUCCCCUGCGAGAUGGUCCAUAUGGGAUGUGGUCCUUCAUGCGAGUAUCACGCUGUGAGCCGCUUCUUCCGCGCCUGGAAGUGGUCCAUGGCCACAUACCUUCCUCUAACCCUCGCCUUCGCUCUGCGGAACCCCUCCCGCAAAGCCAUCAUCCGUGCCAUCAUCUCAUCCUGCCGCUCCGCCACCUUCCUCGGCACCUUCAUUACGCUCUUCUACUACGGCGUCUGCCUAACCCGCACGCGCCUUGGGCCCCUCCUCCUCGGGGACUCCAUCCCCUGGCGCCAGCGCAUUGACAGUGGAUUGUGCGUCGGCACCGGAUGCUUCCUUUGCGGUUGGAGCAUGCUCAUCGAGACGCCAAGCCGCCGCAAGGACAUUGCCAUGUUCAUGGCCCCUCGCGCCAUGGCUACCUUCCUACCACGGAAGUAUCCACUCGACAAGCAGUGGCGGGAGACGGUGGUGUUUGCUGCCAGCACGGCCGUUGUCUUUACGUGCGUCAAGGAGAAUCCAGACCGGGUAAGGGGGGUGUUUGGGCGGUUGUUAAAGAUGGUCAUGGAUAAAUAGAUGGGAUACAUUUAGAAGGAAGCAUAAAUCUCGGAGGAGUUGGGUCGCCAUUUAUUAGAUAACCGUGGAUACCCAUUGUCAUUUGUAGAGGAAGAUGUAGCGAGAUUUUUUAGAGGUGUAAUUCAUAACACUAAUAAGUGUUGUUAUUCGCUGUGCGAAUCGUAGUUGUCUCGACAUAUUCGCGAGGCGUUAUCAUAAUAGCCCUUUCAAAUCAGCUAGUCCUAGAUUUAUAACCCAACGCCUGGGGUUCACAAUUGUUGUUGUC